AUGGGAGGAACCAUGGCUGCUGCCGCCCGGGUAUUAAAAAAACCAAUUUUUGAUUGUUCUACCUUUCCAUCACUUGACUAUGCGCCUUUUCGAACAUUCCACGCGUCGCCUCGCAGCGGUCCGAAGCCCUUCCUCGAGCCGCGCUUAGAGGACCACGGACGGGUUAUUCACGACCAAUACUCUGUUCUCAGAGACCAGUACGAUGUCCCAAAGCACCCAGUGGUAUUGGCACAUGGCCUCCUCGGCUUCGACGAGCUGCGCCUUGCUGGUCGCUAUUUCCCAGGUGUUCGGUACUGGCGUGGCAUUAAGGAAGCUCUUACUGCGCAGGGUGUUGAGGUCAUUACCGCUACGGUUCCUCCUUCAGCAUCGAUCGAAGAGCGGGCAGAAGCCCUAUUGCAGGAUAUCGAAACUGGAGCCCGAGGAAAGGAUGUCAACAUCAUCGCUCAUAGCAUGGGAGGUCUUGAUUCCCGAUACAUGAUUAGUCGUCUUCGACUGCAGAAGUUCAAAGUGCUAUCGCUGACCACUAUCGCAACACCACACCGAGGCUCCGCUGUUGCCGAUUAUGUCUUUGAUCAAAUUGGAGCCGAUCGCCUGCCGCAAAUCUACUACACCCUCGACAAACUGAGCGUGGAAACGGGUGCGUUUGCGCAGCUGACUCGGAAGUACAUGUCCGAAAAAUUCAAUCCUCAUGUUCCAGACAUGGAUGAUGUUCAGUAUUUCUCCUACGGUGCCGCAGUCGAGCCCAGUGUCUGGUCAGUUUUCCGCCUGUCCCACCGAAUCCUCGCCGAGGCAGAGGGCCCUAAUGAUGGGCUUGUCAGCGUCGCAAGCAGUCAGUGGGGAGGUGAGGCGGGAUACAAGGGGACCCUGGUAGGGGUCAGCCACCUUGACCUGAUCAACUGGACCAACCGACUCAAGUGGCUAGCCAGUGAGGUGACAGGCAAUCCACGGAAAUUUAACGCCAUCGCCUUCUAUUUGGAUAUUGCAGAUAUGCUAGCCAAGGAGGGCCUUUAA